CGUUACCAAUCCCAAAUCGAGAAAAGAUUCCAGAAAACCAGCGACAAGUGUAGAUAGAUAUCCAAGGACACAUUAGAAGCUAGAAGAACAUUUCAGAUCAUGGACCGGCGACGAGUGACCAAACCGACAUACCAACCGCCCCACCUCCGAAGGCCGCAGAUUCCAUCUGGAGUUGCCAACAAACAAGGUGGCUGGCCAUCGACUCACGGCAACCCCUAUGCCAAUGGAUCUGUUUCUGAUGCCGGUGUUGAGGUGGACAGUACGUACGGUGGGUGCCCGUCAACGUCCACAAAUCCACCCCGGGUACGCGGCGCUAGCAAUACUAGAUUUCCAACUCAAACUGAGGCAUCAUUCACGAGGAAUAUUAGCCGACCAGGAGAAGGCGGUGGGAGACCACCCAGAGCCGGAGCCGGGCUGGCUGCUCCUGGUGUUUCUGAUCUUUCAAGUCCGGUUGGUCCGUCAAGAAGCGAACAGCGUAUGUCCCGACCGUCUAUGAGCAGAGGUUCAGAACCCAUACCGGGAUCUUCGAAAACUUCUUUGAUCCCUUCCCAAUCGACGUCUCGUUCUGCCAUAUGCGCUAGACCACCGAGCACACCACAAAUAUUGCAUGAUCGAUAUACAUCCCGUCCCUCUCGACGUGAUUGGUCUGCUCCUUCCCCUUCUGCCCCCUUUAUCCCUUCGUCGUCAACCACGGCUUCUGUCCCUGCACCGAGUAGGACGUUCCUUCAACAAAGAGAUCGAUCGGCAUUGGAAUCUUCAGCAGAUGAUAUCAAGCCCAUGCGAUCUCGGAAGGAAGAGAAGUGGACCGGAAAUGAUAAAGAGGGAGUCAUGGAGAUGGAGAUGAUGCAGAGCGUUUCAAGAAGCGGAGGUGACGGUGCGGAAGGCGAUGCGCUCAAAAAUUGGAGAACGCAAGAAAAAUAUAGGCAGUAUAUUGCGGAAAAAGUUGAAUCUCAUUAUCGCAAGUACGGUACACCAUUACAUACACUUCCGAUACUACCCGCAGGAUCUGCGAUAGGCAAGGACGAGAGGAAAGAGAAUAGGAAAGGGAAAGAGUUAGCGAGGGCUGGAGAGGAGUUGGAGAGUUUUGGCAGUCUGGUCUUGCUCUUUCGGAAACUGCGAGAAGGAGUAGUAGCUUCUGGGCGGAUUGAUAGUUUUGCAAUAGAAGUUUUCGAAUCAUCAGCGCGCUUCGCCAUCCUGAGCAAUAACCGGCCUCAGCUUCUAAGUGCUCUCAGUGGGCUCGUCCCGGGUCUAUACAAAGCUUACGAUGCGACCAAAAUCAGAUCAGGAGAAGAUUCUCUAUCUGACCGUAUUUCGAAGCUUGAUCUGGAAGAUAGGGGACUGAGAGAUAACAGAGUCGAGUUUACAUCCCUCCUGCUACUUUAUCACCUUGUCACCUCGGGACAAAUUGCAUUUAACGAGCUUUGGUUAGAGCUUACCGCGCCUGUGAAACGGCAAUUGCGUGGCAAGUUUGAAAAGAAUGAAAGAGUCACUCCGCAAGAAGAUACAUCGUUUUUACGAAUGGAAGAACUCAGUUUCGCCAAAGUGGCUUCCACCGCUCUCUCAUCAAACGCUUUUAAUCCACUUGUUUUCUUCUCACUCGUCUCACCUGCCUCCAAUGCUUGGUCAAGCCGGGGAUCACCAUAUGAAAAGAUCAUUCUUUCCUGGGCGAUACCCCAAGUGAGGGAAGAAGGUUGGAAGAGAUUGGUUAAGUGCUACAUGAGCGUGGACAUCCCAUGGAUUGCUAGUAUUUUGGGACAGUCUGCGAGAAAUGAAGAAGAGACAGUAGUAAUGGAGAACUGGGUUCAGGAGAAGGGGAAGAAGGUUGAACAAGGUAGAGUUUCACUGAGAAAUUGAUACUUACCUUAAGUUGUCUAUGACGAAUCAUGUGUUUCUAUGCGUUAUGGAUCGAUAUAUAAUGCUCUGGCAAAAGGAAAGCGU